GAACCAUAGCAUCUCUGAGCAGGCGAUGCGGGACAUGGAGGCGGUGUGCCACGAGUUCUUCCAGAUGCCCGCGGAGGACAAGGCUGAGUUUUACUCUGAAGACGAGAGCAUUCGCAACAGGCUCUUCUCGGGCUCCAGCUUCGAGACCCUCGGCGAGAAGUACUCUGACGUCCUCGAGCUCCUGUACCCCCUGCCCUCCGGCGACACCUCGGGCUGGCCCCACAAGCCGCAGAGGCUCAGGGAGGUUGUUGGGAACUACACUGGGCUGGCAAGAGGCCUGGCCAUGGAGAUCCUGCAGCUGCUGUGCGAGGGCCUGGGCCUCCGCCCCGACUUCUUCGUCGGCGACAUCAGCGGCGGCCGCGUCGUCGUCGACAUCAACUACUACCCGCCGUGCCCGGACCCGAGCAGGACGCUGGGCCUGCCGCCGCACUGCGACCGGGACCUCAUGACCAUCCUCCUCCCCGGCGCCGUCCCUGGCCUCGACAUCGCCUACAAGGGCGGCUGGAUCAAGGUCCUCCCCGUGCCAAACUCCAUCAUCAUCAACUUCGGCCUGCAGCUCGAGGUCGUCACCAACGGGUUGCUCAGGGGCGUGGAACACCGCGCCAGCACCAACUCUGUCCGCGUUCCGACGAACGAUUGCGUCGUCGGCCCCGCGGAAGAGUUCGUCAGCGAGGACAACCAUCCGCGCUACCGCACCCUCACCGUCGGCGAGUUCAAGCGCAAGCACAUCGUCGUCAACCUGGGGUCCUCCAUCAACCAGGUCGCCGACCUCGAGAACAUCCAGAAGGUGAUGUGAGAGCUAGCAGAACCGCAACAAGUUUUAUUUCCAUGUAUCAGUUACUACAUGAUCUAUCAGCUGAGAUGUACACAUGUGACCCCAUCGUACGGUCGCGUGCCGUGUUCGUGAUACGUACGAACCAAUAAAAGCCACAAGUGAUAAAUUAUAUAUUGGUGUUGUAACAGUGACGAAAGUGAGGGUGUUUGAACUAAAUAAACAAGAA